GGCAAGCUGGCUGAAAUGCCAGUCAUGUGUCGAAAAUGAAUUAAGUUAAGGAAAUGAGACGGAAUGUGAGACCAUCUCCGCUGAAGAACAGGAUUUAUUUCAGGAAAUAGAAUUCCCACCAUCUUCUCCAACAAGCAUCUUUGACCGUGCAGAAUUAAAGUGGGAAGGUGCUUCCUUCCUUCAAGUUUACAUUGGGAUCAUGCUUAUGAAAGGGAGCUGCAGUUCUUUUAUGAUUCUGGUGAUGUUGGUGAAAUUUGGUUUGGUGAAGAAAGCAUGGAUCGUAUUAUAACAUGGUUGGAAUUGCAAAACAUUCCCAAAGAUGCUGCCGUGCUGGAUAUUGGGACAGGAAAUGGAUAUUUUUUGAUUGAACUUGCAAAGUCUGGAUUUACUAACCUGACUGGAAUUGAUAAUUCUCCUCCUGCAGUGGAACUUGCUAAAGCUUUUGCUGAAAAGGAAGAGGUGAUGACUUUGAAAUUACAGGUGGCAGACAUUUUGCACCCAUAUCCUAAUCUUUCUCAGUAUGAAAUUUGCAUCGACAAAGGCACUUUUGAUGCCAUCAGCCUAGGUUCUGACGACCCAGCUGAAAAACUGAGUUUAUAUCGGCAAGCCUUGCAUAGUGUCCUGAAGGAUGGAGGCCUUUUCCUCAUAACAAGCUGUAACUGGACCAAAGAGGAACUCCUCAGCCAUUUCAAUAAAGGAUUUGAGAUGCUGCAGGAACUACCAACACCCAAAUUCCAAUUUGGAGGCAAGACUGGAAAUAGUGUAACAGCACUGGUUUUCAAACGGAAAUGAUGUCAGGAUAACUGCAGAACAUAAGACUCUGAGUGGUCAGCUCCAAACUACUGCUCUUCUCAGACCAGAAUCAUUUAAACAAGUUAUAGUGCUCCCAUGAGAUGAGCAUUCCUAUUAUUUAUACGUGUUUAAUUUCACAAUUUUGCCAUUUAGGCACUUCAUUGUUUUCACAAUCAUUUUCAAUCUGAACUCAAUCACUUAACAAAGCCUGAAGUGAUACCUAAAAGAUUUGUGCAAAGGUAGUCUGAAUGGACGUAUGACUUUUCAAAUGAAGAUUAUUAUUCCUCUCCUUUGCCCCACUACAAACAGCACACAGCAUUCACAAAGUGCACCAGUGGCCUCUAGUGGCAGCAGACUGGGAGUACACAAAUCUGCGCUGUCACAUUCAUGCUGGUUGGACAAAGCAGCAGAAGUAGGACAUUCAGCUACCAAGUCAGCUCAUACUUGGGAAAAACUUUGCUGCCAAAUCAACAAAUUGCAGUUCAGUCACUUAUUCCAAAAAUGCUCUGAAUUCAUAAUUGCAUUAUUUUGUAUCACGGUCAGAAUCUGUAUUAAAAGACACCAGAACCUUUUUUGAUGGAUAAAGAUAAAAUAUUGUAGGUGCUGAAAAUCUGAAGCAAGCACAGAGAAUGUUGGAGAAACUCAGCAGGUCUGGUAGUCUGUGUGGAGAGAAAACAGAGCUAGUGUUUCAAGUCCAGUAUGACUCUGGACUAAUUCUGUUUCUGAGUCAGCAGAUGCUGCCAGAUCUGCUGAAUUUCUGCAGAGUUCUGUUUGUUAUUUGUUUUGGUGCAUGUUACAUGUCAGAAUUAUUGGGGUUGUUUUCAAAUGUAUAAAGAACAUUGGCUAAAUCUUUAAGUUUGACAGCAAAUGUGCUGUGUUAAUAUAUUUGGGGUUUGCAUAUUUAAAUGUUGGCAUUUACAAGUUAAUAUACCUUGGUGUGGAUGGAUUGAGAGUGACAGUCACAAAUAUGGCAAUUUUCUUAUCAAUAAAGCAAUUCUGAAGAAGAAUCAAAAGAUAAUGCUGUUCUUCUCUCUCCACAAAUGUUGCCAGAAAUUGCUGAGUUUCUCCAUCAUUGUUUUGUUUUCAUAUUUUUGGAAAAGCUGACUUAAUUUAUAAUGAACACUUGAGAAGUUGGAGGUUCCUGAUAGAAAUAGUAAUAUAAAGACUGGAAUGGAAAGGUGGGAGAAGAAAGUCACAGCUUUGUGUUGAUUUUAAUAAGAUGUACUCGCACAAUAAAGUGCAAGUCCUAUAAUGUUAAAUAUAUGUCCUGGUAUGUUUUCUUUUGUUCCCAAGCAUUCCUGAUUUUCUUUUUUCCCUCAUUUCCUUUUGACUGUUACCUUGCUGUUACCAGAGGGGCAAUUUUUGACUGAGAUACAAGUCACAAGUGUUUGUUUUAGCAUCAAUAGCCUAUCAACCUACCGCUAUCUUCCAGUUCUCCACUAUUUUCCUGCCUUAAUACCAUUCUCGAAGAGGGCAUUGGCAAUCAUUGACCUCCAAUGGAUGGCUGCAUGAUGUAGUGGUUUUUCUGUGCCAUCUCCAUUAUGACUGAUCAAAAAACUUUCACUCUUAUCGCCUUCCGUCUGGCAUAUUGGAUGGACUUAUAGGCUCAUAACCAGCCAGGAAGAGCUUCCAAGCAUUAAAAAGACUCUUGACAAGCUGCCAACAACUGCCCAACCCCCACACAACCCUAAGCCAACAGUCUGCCUGACUCUUAACUCUGAUGCCAGCCAGUACUCAUCUCCUCUUCCCCCAACCGGCUUGUGGCACAAUCAUCAUUUUCCUUCCCCCUCAAGCCAGAGUCUUGCUGCCAGCUGUCCCACAGACUCUCUGUCACAGUUCCAAAUCUAUGGCUGGGUUAAGUCAUUUAUAUCAUGCUGUCUACUGAUUUUCCCAUCGCACACUGCUCCCUAUAUCACCAAUAGCACAGUUGUUACCAUAGGUUCAUCAGAAAGCAAAUAAGAACUUUCCUGUGAAUGGAGGAUCAACUUUGUUCACAAUCUUCCAGUUACACUCUUGGAGGUGGGACUGUUACAGACCAUGGCCCAUGGGUUACCUAUUGGAAAGCCUAGCCGAAAGGUUCUCCAUAAAAUGAUAACCCAUCUUAUCAUUCCUUCACUGGCACUGGGUCACAAUCUGGAAGUUUCCUACUUAACCUCGAAGUGAGCGUACCAGUGGACAAUGGACUGCUGUGAUCCAAGAAGGCACCUCAUUAUAAUCUUUCAAGGGCAAUUAGGGAUGGCAGAAUUAUUGAAAGUAUACUCUUGAAUCAUGUGCAAUAAUUCUUCUAAUACUUUCUUCAGAGCGUGGAGCACUGGUGUCCAUGAUUAGCAAUGGACACCAAUGUGUCAAUGCGCUAAUCACACCUAUCAAUGUGGAAGACACCUCUGAUCAACAGCUUAGGAGAAAUGUUGGGUUCAUAUCACAUCAUGGCAGAUGGUGGAAUUUGAAUGCAAUUAAUAAUUAUCUGGAACCUUUCCCUUAAAGAGGCUGCUUUUAGAUUUUUUUGCUUGCAUUCCUGUUCAACGGGCACCCCAUGUGCAGAUGGGGAAGAUUAGUCAAAAGUCCACCUAUUGGGCUUGGCGAAGGUGGCUAUUAGUGGGUCCAGGCAAUGGGCUUUGGAGGGGAUCAGGCAGCCUGACUGUCUGUCCCUCUCCUAGUUACAUCUGUGCUCACUGUGCACACUUUCUUUCCACUAAUCGAGGACCAGUUUGAAAAAUACUACUCCCUUUUUUUUAAGGAGUGAAAACAGUAAGAUUGAGACGUCUUAAAAAUACAUGCUGGGAAUCGUUGUAUUCUCCUGACUGCAGAAUUGUCAAGUAAACAGUAGGUGGUGGUCUAUGCCACACAGAUAGUCACCCAGUUCACUCAUUAAAAAUAUGAUUAGCUAGAGAGAGAUCGACAUGCUCCUUAAGGGUUGCCUUUUGUCACUUAGC